AAGCGUAGCCUGACACCCGGACAACGAGUCACUCUCAGUUCCGGAGGCGAACGGAUGGUGCAACGGGCAGAGGAAAGCCUGGCUAGUGCGAAGUGUCGUCCAGAUGCGCGGCCGGCUGACGUCAGCGAAAAUGGGAGGCCUGAUCAUCUUCGGACCACGUGAAUCAACGACCAUGUACCGGGCUGACGAUUCUUCGCGUGGCGAAAGGUUCAAUCAAUCCCACUUUCUAAGGUUCUGGACAUGGCAACUUUCCGCUUCCGAAUUGCGUCAUGCGGUGAAAUUCCCAGUGCAGGAUUAGAGUGUCGUCCGCUAGUGCCUCUCUGCUAUUCACGAGAGAACGGCCUCCAUAGAGUGUGACGCUACGGAGGUUCGCUUGUAAGGACUCAGGAGUCACGAGAUUCAAUGACACAAAGAACCCAUCACGUACUCUCGCUGCCUUUACCUAUUGUAAGAACAAGUGAAAGGAAUCAAGAUACCGACCUUGCAGAACAUGACAAGGUGCAAGGUGGUCACUCAUUCAUUAUCCUUGCCCAAGAGUGACUUGAAUCUUCGAGAAAGAGUUUGACGUUGUGAUUGAGUGCGGACGCAAGUCAACAAGAGUCUGUCCGCACAAAGUCGGUGACAAAUGUUUAUCUAUAAUGUACAAAUUCUGGGUGUUCUUGUCAUUGUAGCUCUGUAGAAAACAGUGGCUAGAACCUAGAGAGGGCAGUGGCGGUCAGAGAUGCCUUUGCAAGUUGUCCACCUUUCGCAAUAGUUCCCCUGGAGAGUGAUACAGCAUUGCGGUAAAUCCGCGGAGGUCCUUACGGCAGAGGACCUACUACAAGGGUAUGCUCGACAUUUUCAAGAUAUGGUCAGUCGUUGGUGACGACCUGACGCGGUUCCUGGGGCGAUGCAGCCUGCACGGCUGUGACGCCAGAAACGAGAAGUGGAAAUCCACGAGAUGUGUCGGAACGGCGACGCCGAAAGAAGUGAAAGGAAGAAAGAAGUAAUUUGCGGCGCUGUAGUGGAGCAAAUCAUAAUGAGGAUUGUCAAAUAACGAAUACCGCAAGAAACGGGGCGAGAAGGGUGAGGAGGAAGUGCUAAGAGAUUAUAAUUUUCCAUGAAUACGCCCAGAGAGUCAAACUUCGGUGCGUUUCCCGACUGUAAUCAAUCGGUGGUGGAGAAAAGCUGGCUGAAGGCCCCGAUUAGUUCCUGAACGAUGGAGUUAACCAAGCUUCGGUCUUCUGCAUCGUUCCCGGUCUGUUGAUGCAUAUAGGUUUGAUGCCUUCGGAGAGGCUACACCAAACUCAUUGUGUCCAUAAGAUUCCCAAUUCGCCCUGAGAAAGUUGAGAACGUAAAAACCUUAUUGACAGUGAACCGAAAUAAUGGGAAAACGAUAAGAAUGGGGUUACAGCGUUCAGAAUGCAGACUUUGCACUGAAUGAACACUAACGUUGGCCAGAACAUCGAAGUGAAUUACUUGUGUGCUGGAUUGAAGUUUUCUUUACUGUCAUCCCAGCACGAAGUCGACCACUCGACCACUUUUGAGAUUCGGUUCUAGGAUCCGCUGUACGAUAUUUGGAACAACUGUGGUGAGCUGGAUGCUCAAUCGUACAAGAGAUGGUUUAGUGAGAGCAAUGUCCUGGUGGCUCCCCGCGAGUGGCAGCAGCAAUUUUCGAUUGCUUUUAGACAAUCCAUUCAGGCCCGUGUAGUUUCCUGUCAUAAGCCCCAGAUAAUCCACGCGAGGCUGUCGUGGCGGAUGGAAGAGCUGGGACGGUUUAUUGGCCGCAGAGAGGACUCUUAAAUGACUGAAGUUGCUCGAUGCAUCAGAUGGCUUACAUGCCGGUAAUCACAAUCUUUGACUCUGCGGAGUUCUCUCAUUGGCAGUGCUGGUAGGGUCCACUUUAGGUCCACCGGUUUGGUCGACUCACGUGAGUUGCCUGAAGUCUAAAGACUCUGAAGGGAACACGUGCACAUCCUUGGGCUUCAAUGCGAUUUUUCGAAGGCUCUUCGGAAAUCUCAUACGCACAUGCUGUCACAGGAAGACUUUAGGUCUUCAGUAGGCAAUGCGUGCCAGUAAUUUUCAUACUGUAAUUUAGAAAAUAAGGAGUUUUGUCUCCUGACUGAGGUGCGUACGUCCAAAGUGGACAAAAUGCCGGCAGAGCAAUUGUCAAGAGUCUGCCAAUUUUUGGUUCAGUUAUUUCUCAAAUUUUGUGUGUUCUCCACCUUGUGGGUGCGCAAGGUGAUCGCUCCAAGUCGUAAACGGCACGAGAGAUCGACACAAAAGUUGUCCAGUCAGAAGUCAUCGUUUUUAAAAGAAUACGGUGACGAUUAUGGAUAUCAGGACGGACCCAUAUCCGUUGAUGAAUUGCGCUCCAAAGAAUUUGCUCGUCUCCAAGGAAGCGUUUACCUGGACCAUGCGGGGACGACGCUCUACGCCGAAAACCAGCUGAAAUCAGUUCUCUUAGAAUUUUCGACGCGCCUUUAUGGAAAUCCUCAUAGUCAGAGUGAGAGCAGUACUUUAUCAUCGAGCAUCGUCAAGGCUGCGCGCGCUCAGGUCUUGGCGUCGUGCAAUGCAUCAGCUGAGGAGUACAGUUGUGUCUUUACAUCUGGAGCAACAGCCGCUUUGAAACUCGUAGGAGAAACAUUUCCUUGGACGAAUGAGAGCCAAUAUAUGUACACAACGGAGAACCACAACAGCGUGCUGGGAAUUCGAGAGUAUGCUCUUGAUCUCGGGGCAACGGUAACUCCAGUCGAUAUUUUUCCUUCGAGUUCAAAAUUAAGUGGUGAAUCUGGAUCAGAGGAAUUUGACGUGAGAAAGAGGAGCUCUCAAGUACGUGGUCCUUCAGGAACUUCAAGUGAUCAUAUUUCUUCUCGUGGUCAUGCGGUGUAUAAUUUAUUUGCUUUUCCACACGAGUGCAAUUUUUCGGGAGCAAAGUUCGAUCUAGGAUUAGUUUCUUACGUCCAAGAAGGACGACACACGCACUUUCAAAGAGGACAGUGGUUGGUUCUUCUAGAUGCCGCUAAGGGUUGUAGUACCAGUCCACCUGAUCUUCGAAAAUUCCCCGCCGAUUUUGUUGCCAUCUCCUUUUACAAGAUAUUCGGAUACCCAACGGGCCUCGGAGCUUUACUUGUUCGAAAAGGUGCAUCAGAGUUGAUGAAGAAGAAGUACUUCGGAGGAGGCACUGUAGCCGUAUCAAUUGCUGAUGAAGAUUUCGUCCAAAGAAGACUAAAUGUAGAGGAGCGGCUUGAAGAUGGGACAAUAUCUUUUCUAAGUAUCGCUGCUCUUCGUCACGGCUUUACUGUUCUCAGCCAGUUGAAUAUGGCUGCCAUUCGAAGGCACACGGGAUCAUUGACAGGCUACACAGCAUCCAAAUUGGAUGCCUUUAGACACUAUAAUGGCCUUCAAGUGUGCACAUUGUAUGGCAAUCACGCUAGCAAAAUGAAAAAGAAUUAUUGUGAUCCACAUUCAGAUCAGGGACCCAUAAUUGCCUUCAACAUGAAACGAGCCGAUGGUUCCUGGAUUGGUUCUCGCGAAGUUGAAAAGCUUGCCUCUCUUAGAAGAAUUCAUUUACGGACUGGCUGCUUCUGCAAUCCGGGUGCUUGUGCUAAAUAUCUUGGACUAUCAUCAAAUGAUAUGAAGGAGAACUUUGAGGCAGGGCAUGUAUGUUGGGAUGACAAUGAUGUCAUCAACGGGCGUCCUACUGGAGCUGUGCGUGUAUCUUUCGGCUACAUGUCUACAUUUGAGGACUGCUCGUCUUUUUUAGAUUUAAUAUCAACAUAUUUUGUGGAACGUUAUAACUCUAAAACUGCUCCACUCAAAGAGAAGGAUGUCAACUGCCUUUUCUCGGUGGUCUCAAACAGUUUCGUUGAAACAAAACCUUCCGGGGGUUCGACAGUAUCUCUUCAAUCAAUUAUUGUGUAUCCCAUAAAGUCUUGCGCCGGUUUCACUGCAAAGAGCUGGCCACUAGGAGAUUGUGGACUUUUAUACGAUAGAGAUUGGCUCAUAAAGUCGACGUCUGGAGAAGUUCUCACGCAAAAAAAGUGUCCCUCAAUGUGGUCGAUCAAGACACACAUAGAUCUGGAGACAGGUAUACUACAUGUGGAAGCUCCAAAUAUGAAGGGUGGAAUUGACAUUCCUCUGAAUAAUGUGGCUAAUUGCGAGCCGUCUAGCAAUGUUACCUUGUGUUCUAACCCGGUUGGAGCAAACCAAUGCGGACUGGAUGCUGAUCGCUGGUUUUCAGAAGCCUUGGAAACACCUUGCAGCCUUGUCAAGAGGGACGUUAAGAGCCGUUUUAUUAAACCCAGGAGAUCAACUAUUGGUAGUGGGGAUAAGAAAGUAUUUGAGGAGGAAGAAACAGAAUUAAGCUUUGCAAACGAAGGCCAAAUUCUUCUUGUGUCACAAAGUAGCGUUGACAACUUGAACUCGAGACUCGUUGCGAGCACGUCUCAAAGAGACUAUGAACGGAAUAGGGAAGUGAGAUCGGACAAGCAGCACUUUCAAGUAGAUGUAAAGCGUUUCCGUCCAAAUCUUGUCGUGGUUGGAAGUGAAGCCUAUGAUGAAGAUCUGUGGGACACAUUAGCCAUCGGCGACGAGCAAUUCAAGGUCAGGGGAGGAUGCAAUCGCUGUACAAUGGUCAACAUUGACCAGAGUUCUGGAAAGCGAGAAGCGCUUAGUGAACCACUGGCCACUCUCGCUUCUUACCGGCGUUUCAAGGGACAGAUCAAUUUUGGAAUACUUAUCGAGCAAGCAAGGCAUUGUACGGAUAGGCGUCUUUCAUCAAAAGAGGAUGAAACCUCGAAAGAUUCGAAUGUAGAUUCUGAUAUCUUAAAAAGAUCUCACAAUAGGCUUGUGCAUGUUGGCCAGAGAGUUCGUGUUGUACAAACGUUGACUAACUGAAAAUGAAAAUUGGCCAAUGAUUAAUGCCGCAGAAGCAUGUAAUCAGAUCAUAUGUUAAUCC